AUGAUCGAUGCAUCCCGGUUUAACCUUGAACGGGGAAUCGAAACAGUAUGUGAGAGUCUAUAUAAUGUGUCCGAGGCCAUCCGCACACUUUUGGCUUUCGUCUCCUCAUCCCAAGCCACUCGCGACAUUCUUUUCCGGCACUCCAAUUCAUUCUUUUAUGUUCAGACCCGUCUGAUCAUCUUUACACACUCUUUUCUCUCAUCCGUUCUUUAUCGACUUGACGUCCGAAGAUAUCUCAUCACCACCAUGUUGACCAAGGUUUCUGCCCUCACGGCCCUCGUGGCCGCUGUUCGCGCGCAGCAGGUCUGCACGCUCAACGCGGAGACCAAGCCUGCGCUUACCUGGUCCAACUGCGCGGCCGGCGGCGCCUGCACCAAGGUCGACGGAUCCGUCACCGUGGAUGCCAACUGGCGCUGGACUCACAAGACCGACGGCAGCACCAACUGCUACACGGGCAACAAGUGGGACACCUCCAUCUGCACCACCGGCGAGGACUGUGCCUCCAAGUGCUGCUUGGACGGAGCCGACUACUCCGGCACCUACGGCGCCACCACCAGCGGCGAUGCCCUCAACCUCAAGUUUGUCCAGCAGGGCCCUUACAGCAAGAACAUUGGUUCUCGCAUGUUCCUCAUGGACGGAACAGAUAAGUACCAAAUGUUCAAGCUCUUAGGCCAGGAGUUCACCUUUGACGUUGAUGUCUCCAACCUUGGUUGCGGUCUGAACGGCGCCUUGUACUUCGUCUCCAUGGACGCUGAUGGCGGCAUGUCCAAGUUCCCUACCAACAAGGCUGGUGCCUCCCAUGGAACCGGCUACUGCGACAGCCAGUGCCCCCGCGACCUCAAGUUCAUCGACGGCAAGGCCAACGUCGAGGGCUGGGUGCCUUCCUCCAACGACGCCAACGCCGGCGUCGGAAACAUGGGCUCGUGCUGCUCCGAGAUGGACAUCUGGGAGGCCAACUCCGUCUCCACCGCCUACACGCCUCACCCCUGCGAGACGGUCGGCCAGCUGAGCUGCAACGGCGACGCCUGCGGAGGCACCUACAGCUCUACCCGCUACGCCGGCCAGUGCGACCCCGACGGAUGCGACUUCAACAGCUACCGCCAGGGCAACACCACCUUCUACGGUAAGGGCUCCCAGUUCGCCAUCGACACCUCCAAGAAGAUCACCGUCGUCACGCAGUUCGUCGAGACCGGCGGCGCCCUCACCGACAUCAAGCGCUUCUACGUCCAGGACGGCAAGGUCUUUGCCAACUCCAAGUCCGACAUCACCGGCGUCGAGGGCAACUCCAUCACCACGGACUACUGCACCGCCCAGAAGAAGGCUUUCGGCGAUGAGGACGUCUUUGCGCAGAAGGGCGGUCUUGCGCAGAUGGGCAAGGCUCUCUCUGAGGGUAUGGUUCUCGUCAUGUCUGUCUGGGAUGACCACCACUCCAACAUGCUCUGGCUGGACUCCACCUACCCUACCAACGAGACCGGCCCCGGCACCGCUCGCGGCACUUGCGGCACCGACUCUGGCGUUCCCGCCGAUGUCGAGUCCCAGGCCCCCAACUCGAACGUCAUCUUCUCCAACAUCAAGGUCGGCCCCAUCGGCUCUACCUUCAACAGCGCCGGAACUGCUCCACUGCACACAGGAACUUCAUCAUGGCCGAUAAAACAAAAGGAAGCGCUACGGCUCGUAAGCCAGUGUUCUUUUUGGAACAGCGACAUCGACAACUGUCUGUACUCUAGAAGUCACAGAAUCCACAACCUCAUGGCAAAGCUUAUCGAGCAGUAUUUUGAGACACACUUAUCACUGGGAGAGGAGGAAGCCUCCAGAUUGACGAGAGAAUACUACAAGACAUACGGCCUGGCAAUCGAAGGCUUAGUCCGCCAUCAUGAAAUAGACCCAUUGGACUUCAACGCAAAGGUGGAUGACGCGUUGCCUCUCGACGACAUCCUAAAGCCCGAUGCAGACCUCCGAGCGCUGUUGGAGGAUAUCGACACUAACAAAGUCAAACUAUCGGAUUGGAAGUCUAAUUCGACCGCGGCAUACAGCCGACUGCGCAGGGGCCAAUUGGGGGCCCUAUUUACGAUUAUUAUAGCCAGCCCAACCUACGGUUAG